AUGACGCAUGUCGAGCCCCUCAGAGAGGGUAGCAGAGGUCGUACCAACCGUCCAAGUAGUGCAAAGCCCUGGCCACUGGAGAUGCAGCUGUUCCCUGGACCCAACUACUGGCAGGUUGCAACGCCCUUCUGGCAAACAGAGAGCAGUCCACAAGCCCUGGGAUACAUGCUUCUGAACUUACCCACUGGGAUGUUUCACAAGUGGCCAGCUGGGAAGUUGUCAGGAGCCAAGAGGAAGAACCGACAGCUCCGGACCGCUAAUGUCUACUCACAGCGCGGGCUGCUCUCUGCAGAGUCUGGUCAGGUUGUUCUGGCUGGGGACCCCAAGCAGCUGGGACCUAUUCUCAGAUCCCCUUUUGUGCUGAAAUACGGCAUGGGAGUGUCCCUCUUGGAACGGAUGAUGAAUGAUUUCCCUCUAUACCAGAAGGAAGAGGAUGUGUUUAACAAGCGCUUUGUCACCAAACUGCUGCACAACUACAGGUCCCAUCCUGCCAUUCUGAAGAUUCCCAACGAGCUCUUCUAUGACGGAGAGCUCCAGGUCUGUGCGGAUGAAAUGUUACGCAACUCCUACUGCAAUUGGGAAUACCUCCCACGCAGGGAUUUCCCAGUAAUUUUUCAUGGGGUGACGGGCAUCGAUGAGCGUGAGGCCAGCAGUCCUUCGUUCUUCAACAUAGCAGAGGUGGAGGUGCUGAUGGACUAUGUGAAGAAACUGCUGGCGACAAAAGCAAAGAAGGGCUUGGCUGUGAUCAGGCCUCGAGACAUAGGCAUUAUCGCCCCCUACAGGAAACAGGUGCUGAAAAUCCAUAAGGCCCUGCACAAAGUUGGUGUGCACAUGGAUACUCUGAAGGUUGGUUCAGUGGAGGAGUUCCAAGGUCAGGAGAGGAGGGUGAUCUUGGUGUCGACAGUUCGGAGCAGCCCCGACUACGCAGAGAUUGACAAACAGUUUACAGUUUUGAUGCUCCGUGGAAACACAGUGCUGUGA